CGGACCCAGUCUGUUAGCAGCGUAGCGCGCGUUCGGCACGGUAGAGACGAGCCAACCGUCGUUUUAUAUAUCCGAAUCAAUACAGAGGCAAAGUAGUCGUUAUCGUUUUGUGUGUGACUUAUAUCUGUUAGAGUAAGGAGAUAUUUCUGUUCGGAAGUUGAGUCAAAUCGAGUCAUCGUCGAUAAGAGUCGCACUCGGGAGGACGAGCGAUAUACCGGCGAACAAAGGAACCCUUUUCUCACAGAAACAACUCCUCGAUUCCCUUUAGUUAUGAGUCAUGUGGCCGUUGAAAAUGUCCACGGUCUAGACCAGCAGCUUGCUGUCCUAGACUUGAACUCUGAUGUACAAGGAGGAGGUACUGGCAGACGCUACAUUCCACCUCACUUAAGGAACAAAGAUGUUUCCAAAAACGCAGGGGCUUUCUCCUCUGGUAGACAGAGCGCUUAUUCAGUGCCACCAGGAAGGAGCUACUCUCCAGCAGGAUGGGACGGUGGACGCAGCAAUGGGUUUGUGAAUGGAUACCACGAUGGCCGGGAUGGCCGCGUGAACGGGAGUGGAGCUUUUGGUAACCGCGGGUCCCUCCGCAGUGAUCGCGGAGGCAGAGGGGGCUUCAAAGGCCGAGGCGGGGCCUACAACCCCAUUCAGCCUGUGCAGAACACAGGCUUUGGCUAUGAAAACAAAGAUGGAGGUGGAUGGAACACUCCCAAAGAUAACGCCUACAAUAGCUUCGGUGGGCGUUCUGACAGGGGCAAGUCUGCUUUCUUCAGCGAUCGCAGCUCCUCUUCCAGAGGAAGGUAUGAACGUGGGGGCUUCGGCGGUGGCGGGAACAGCCGCUGGGUGGAGGAGUCCAGAGACGACGAGGACUGGUCCAAACCUCUGGCUCCCAACGAAAGGCUGGAACAUGAGCUUUUCUCUGGAAGCAACACGGGGAUUAACUUUGAGAAAUAUGACGACAUUCCUGUUGAAGCCACGGGCCACAACUGCCCUCCACACAUUGAGAGUUUCCAUGACGUGGCUAUGGGAGAGAUCAUUAUGGGUAAUAUCACCCUUAGUCGCUACACACGACCGACUCCUGUUCAGAAACACGCAAUUCCCAUCAUCAAAACCAAGAGAGACCUGAUGGCAUGCGCACAGACAGGUUCUGGUAAAACCGCUGCUUUCUUGCUGCCGGUACUGAGUCAGAUCUACACAGACGGCCCCGGGGACGCCCUGCAGGCUGCAAAGAGCACCGGCCAGGAGAACGGGAGGUAUGGGCGUCGUAAGCAGUAUCCCAUUUCUCUGGUUCUGGCUCCGACUAGGGAAUUGGCCCUCCAGAUCUACGAUGAGGCCAGAAAGUUUGCCUACCGUUCGCGAGUUCGUCCAUGCGUGGUCUACGGAGGGGCCGACAUCGGCCAGCAGAUCCGUGACCUGGAGCGAGGCUGCCACCUACUGGUGGCUACACCCGGCCGUCUUGUAGAUAUGAUGGAGAGGGGCAAGAUCGGCCUGGAUUACUGCAGUUACUUGGUCUUGGAUGAGGCGGACAGGAUGCUGGACAUGGGUUUCGAGCCGCAGAUCCGGCGUAUUGUGGAGCAGGACACCAUGCCUCCCAAAGGCCUGCGGCAAACCAUGAUGUUCAGUGCCACCUUCCCCAAGGAGAUCCAGAUCCUGGCACGGGACUUCCUGGAAGACUACAUAUUUUUGGCUGUGGGCCGGGUGGGCUCCACCUCAGAGAACAUCACCCAGAAGGUGGUCUGGGUGGAAGAGAGUGAUAAGAGGUCAUUCUUGCUCGACCUUCUGAACGCCACAGUCAUACCAAGCGAGGUUCAGGACAGUACUGGGGAAUGCAGAGAGAAGCCUGGCAAAGACUCUCUGACUCUGGUAUUUGUGGAGACUAAAAAGGGCGCCGACGCAUUGGAGGACUUCCUGUACCGCGAAGGCUACGCCUGCACCAGUAUCCAUGGCGACCGCUCGCAGCGUGACCGAGAGGAAGCGUUGCACCAGUUCCGGUCAGGAAGAUGUCCGAUCCUGGUGGCCACCGCGGUGGCCGCUCGAGGCCUAGACAUCUGUAACGUCAAACACGUCAUCAACUUCGACCUGCCCAGUGACAUUGAGGAGUACGUCCACCGCAUCGGCCGAACCGGUCGCGUCGGCAACCUUGGCCUUGCCACCUCCUUCUUCAAUGACAAAAACAGCAACAUCACCAAGGACCUGCUGGACAUCCUGGUGGAGGCAAAACAGGAAGUGCCGUCAUGGUUGGAGAGCCUGGCUUACGAGCACCAGCAUAAGAGCAGCACCCGUGGCCGUGCAAAGAGGUUCUCUGGAGGAUUCGGAGCAAGGGACUACCGUCAGACCAGCAGCAGUUCAAGCGGCGGAGGCUUCGGCGGCCGCGGCAACCGUAACGCAGGGAGCCACGGCGGAAACCGCGGCUUCGGUGGUGGUAAGGGUGGAUUUGGAAACUUCUACAACAGUGACGGCUAUGGAGGAAACUAUUCUCAGGUGGACUGGUGGGGAAACUGAGCUGUCGGUGUCCCCCACAUCCCCACAAUCUCUCCCAACUCACUCCCCUUUACCCAGUGGCUCUCCAUGCCCAACUCACUGAACAGAAACCACAUGUAACCUAGCCACACUUGUACCCUGUGUAGCUUUGAAGAACUCAAACAGUACAUUACCAGCUGUGAUUCUCUGAGCACGUACUGAACUGGAGUUGCUUGGGGGGGGGGGGCGCAACGCUGGGAGCCGCCUCCAGACCAGCUCGUCUGUCUGUACGAGGAAAAAGAGAGGCAGAUUUUUGCUUGAUUAGGAUCUUAUGACUGGUUUUCCAUUACAUGUCAUUACUUUCGUUGUAGUAAAUGAGAAUCAUUUGUGUGUUAAUGUACUGUGCCUUUAGACUUACCUUUUUGUUCCUUUUUAAACAUCAGACUGGCUGACACGUGGCCAUGAUUGAGUUUUUAUUGUUCCUGCUUUUCUGUUUUUGUUUGUUUUUUGGGUUUUUUUUUCCUGAAUAUUUUGGUUUUUGAAAGAAUGAAAUUUAAGCUUGUGCUUAAUCAAACCUUGGCAAACACCAGGAUGAUCUGACUGAGUCACAAUCUCGUUCUGAACUUCAAAUUUGUCACAGGGGUCUCUGGGCUACUGUCACACAGGGCUUGGGCCCCUCCCUCCGUUGGCUUGCACCCUUGUUUGGCAAGGCAACAAAGAUGUGAAAUUAAAAUGUUAAUCGUGCUCACUCUAUCCUGGAGAGUUACCUCUUAGGGACGUGGUAGUCGUAUGAAAAAAGAAAUACCAAGCCAUUCCAGUGUAUGAUCUCUAUGGCCACAGUCAUUUGUGAACAGUGUGGUGCUAACCCUUAGUCCUAAUCCCCAUCCGUUUCACGCCAGCAUCUGGACACUCGGCGCUGGAACGCACCCACUGGUGAAAGCGUAACAUUUCAGGUAGCUAGUUCAGUACCGCCAACUAGCCAUUUUGGAGGAGUGGAGUUAAGUUGCUCAUUCUGUUUCAUACUUGAACUAUUGUGGAAGUGGCAAUUGGUUUUUGUUUUUUUUACUUAUGAAAUAUUUCUUGAAAUUAAUUCAAUGGACUCCGCGUUACAGCCAUCGUGGAUUAAACUCAAAAGGCCACAUUAGCACCACAGUGUCAGAGUGGACCGGCGCCAGGCCUGGCCUCCUCUGCAGGAACUCCCAUGCUAGUGUUCUUGUUUUUUGGUCAAGGAGAUUAUAUUCAGACAAAUUUCUGCAGCAGGCUUUUUUUUGUUGUUGUUGUUAAACAUAACAUCAAACAGAUUUUUUCCUUUUCCUUUUUUCUUUUUUUUUUCCCCAAGCUGCGUUGAAUUUUGAAAAGGCAUCCUCGGGCUCGCGUUAGAGACAUGGCUCCCCUGUGAAACCCCGUAAGUGGUGGCUUCCUGGGGCUGGAAUAAUGUACACCAGUGCAGUUGUGGCAUAACACUUUUUUUCUCUCUCUCUCUCUCUCUCUCUCUCUCCCUCCCUCUAUUUUUGGGUUGUUUUUUGUUAUCGUUUGUUUUCUUUUUUUUUUUUUUUUUGGUACUAGGUAAGGUUUCCAUGGCAUCCUGGCCAAAGACAGGGUUGCAAUUGCCCGUCCGGCACAGGGGGCAGCGGACUCGCCGGCAUGGCCGGCGGGGGCUUAGCUCUCUCCCUGACAGCAGGAGAGGGGGCAGGAUACUACAUUAAACUGAAGUGCAAUAGAUUUCCUCUCAAGUGUGUUGUGCCUUUUGACAUUUUAAAGAAGUUUGAAAGAAUGAACUGAAGCGUCUGCACUGACAGUAUUGUGGUAACUUGAGACGAGUGGUGCUAUUUAGGUCUACGCCCGUGUGUGUUAUGCCCAUCAAGUUUUACAAAAAAGUGAUUUUAUUGCACAUCUAGAGUUUUAUAUCAAAUGCCUUGAGUGCGUGUCCUUAAGCUUCCAAAUAUUGUGUGUGAAGACUGUAAAAAUAAUUUUAAAAAAACGCAGCUUGUUUACAAACGGGGAAGGGUUCUCAAUAUUUAACCAGGACUGAAUUGGGACCAGGGAAUCGGCAGUGGGCAAUUUAGCUAUUUGCACACAGAUUACUAGAUUCUACUUUUGCUGCUAGUUUGUGUAAUUUAUUAAGCAUUUUUGAGAAAUAUUUAUUUUUAUAAGCCUAAAAGUGAUAGUUUCAAGUAACUUGACCAAAAGACAGUACAAAAACACUGGCACUUGAAUGUUGAAUGUCACCCGUAUGCGUGAAAUUUCUAUUUUUCGGGGUAGUGUGAGCUUUUUAAUGUUCAAGGUCAUUUUAGACUUGUCAAAAUCCUCACCUGUAGUCUCAUGGCCAAAAAUGUCUAUUAUACUUAAUUGGCAGCCAAAAUUUGAGAGCUAAAAACCAUGCCAAGGUUUGGACAAAGGUAAUCAAAACAUUUUUCUAAAUAUAUCUACCAGUACAAAGUGUCCAGAUUGUCCAAAUUUGUUUUACUUUUCCCCCUUUUGUGUUUUGUUCGGUUUUUGUUUUUUUUCUUUCUUUCUUUUAAAUUAAAAAACAAAUAAAAAUACAUUUUCUUUCCCCCCAGUGAAUGUCUGGCACACGGCAAUCUUAAGGAAAAAAAAAACCACAAUUCUCUAUUGUUGCAUUUGCAGAAACUGGGCAUUUGAAAGCAUUGUUCUCUGACUGGUUUGGUGGUAAAUUCAGUCAGUCUUAAUUAAAAGGCGCUUGCUGAAAAGUUUAUGUGCAUUUACAGAAGAAAUUGCAGGCUUUUGAUUCACCAAACCAUGCCAAAGAACAUGAGUUGGAGCCCUUAGACUUACUUUUGCUUUAUGUACUAGUUUAGAAGCUGUGCACUGCACGAGGAAACUGUAUGUUUAUUGUAUAAUUUUACCAAAAUAAAGUUUGAAAUGUCAAAUCAAAUGGCUGUCUGCAGAAA